AUGAUAAGAUUCACUAGAAAUUCUUACAAGUAAAACUUCGCCUCAAACAAUGAUUCAUUAAUUAGUAUUUAAGCACCUAGAUCAUUUUUUGAUAAUGAAAAUUUUAUUGGGAACGGUGAGUCAAGUUUUGAGAGUACAGUAAUGCUAGGUUAGGAUAAUCUCUACGUGAUGAUGGUAUCAAACCAUGAUUCUGAGCCAUAUGCUGUAGAAAUUUCAACAUUAGGCUUAUAUCCUUAUCGUUCUUCACUCAUAGAAUUAUUUAGACAUGGAGAGAUUAAAUUAAUUAAUAGUACAUUCGACUCAAAUUGGUAAUAUGAAACUGUUGCUUCAAAUAUCAAGGGUUAAAUAUUAACACUUGCAUUUUUUUAAGGAUAGCUAACAAUAGAUGGUCUAACAAUUUAAAAUCACAUCGGAAUCAAAGGAAAUCCAUAUGGACCUGAAGCUCUUGGAUUUACAGUAACUUAGAAUCAAAGAUUGGGAGCAAUAAGCCCUUUUUUCAAGCUUUAAUGGGAUACCAGGAUAUUAAUUAAAUAUGUUAACAAUUUUAAGACAUUUUCUAAAUUCAAAAACAUUAAAUGGCAAAAAGAUGAUGCUCUGUCUAAUAUUCCUAUGCUAAUAAACUACAGGGACUCAAAGCUUUAUCUUCCAAUCGAUUAGUAUUCUCAUAUUCAAGACUUUUAAAUGAAAAAUGCAUUGUUUGAAGAUAUUGAUUGCUUUAACUGCAAUUAUCCAAUCUUAUUAAUAUCAUCAAAUAAAAUGGAGAUGAUGAAUGUUACUUUUAGGAACAUAAACAUUAGAACUGAUUAAAUAUAUUCGACUAAUGUUAAUAAAGAGACUCUAGUAUAAUUUGGAUGGAUGUUUAAAAUCAUAUGA